AUGCUGACCGACUUCGGGCUGGCCAAGGACACGUGGAGGGCCUCCGCGGCACCGGCUCCUUCUGCGGCUCCGUGGCGUACCUGGCGCCCGAGAUCCUCGAGCGCGCGGGGCACGGGCCCGCAGUGGAGAGACCUCUACGGUCUCGGGGUGUUGCUCUACGAGAUCACGGCUGGCCGGACCCCGUUCUACAGCGAUGACCGAAACGUUCUCUUCCAUAACAUUGUGUCCGCCGCGCUGCAGCUGCCCGUCACGCUCUCGCGAGAGGCGGCCGACCUCAUCCGCUCGCUCAUGGCCAGAGAUCCCGCCAGCAGGAUCGGCACCAGGAGGACGUCGGACGUGAGGCGGCACGCCUUCUUCGCGGAGCUCGACUUCGGGCAGGUGCUGCGCCGGGAGGUGGCCGUGCCCCCCCACGGUCCGGAACCAGACGCCCGCGCCAGCACCUCGGGCACACGGGGCGCUGCCUGGGGGGUGCCCAGCCCCUUCGACGGCGGACUCACGGGCGUCAUGCGCUCGCUGGGGUCGCGCCCCCCGUCCGAGGAGAUCGUCGGCUGGGAGUUCGGCACCUCUGUCGAGCGGCGCGCCUCGGCCCCCUCGGUGUGCCGGGCGCGCCGGCCGCAGGCCACGCCGGCCCAGGCGCCGGCCCGCCCUCAGUGA